AUGUGGAUGAAAGGCGACCUACAGAGUGAUAAUACGGAAACAUUUUCAAAUUUUCCACCUCCACUUACACUGACAUCGGAGAGUUCGCCUCUCCAAUUUUUUCAACUAUUUUUGUCACCCGAUAUUCUAACAGAUCUUGUAAAACACAGCGUUGUAUAUGCUUCUAAAAAGAACAAGCUGAACUUUGAACUUUGUUUGGACGAAAUGUAUGUCUUUAUUGGAAUUUUAGUUUUGUCUGGAUACGUUCCUCUACCGAGAAGACGGAUGUAUUGGGAAGAAAGUGAGGAUGUUCAUAAUGAACUAGUGGCCAAAUCAAUGCGUCGAAAUCGAUUUGAAGAGAUUUCUAGCGUUUUCCAUGCUGCUGACAAUGACAAUCUCCCAGAAGGUGAUAAGUUGGGAAGGAUACGUCCCUUUAUUGAAGCAAUAAAUAAAAAUUUUAUCAAGUACGCACCAAUUGAAAGUAAUAUUUCUAUAGACGAAGCGAUGAUACCAUACUACGGUAGGCACGGAUGCAAGCAAUACAUAAGAGGCAAGCCCAUUCGCUUUGGAUAUAAAGCUUGGGUUGCUGCAUUGAAAUGUGGCUAUUGUUUGCAGUUUGAUAUAUAUCAAGGAAGGAAGCAGAAUAUAGAAAAUCUAGGGGGUGUGGGUCUUGGCGAACGUGUAGUGACAAGUUUUGCUACCCUCUUAGAAAAAGAAUUUCCAAAUCUUAGAUUUACCUUUUAUUUCGACAAUUCUUUUACAUCUGCUAAAUUGAUAAUAUGUCUUGGUAAAAAGGGUUUUGGAGCCACCGGUACUGUAAGAGAAAAUCGUACAGAUGAGUGCCCUCUGAAAAACUCAACUCUUAUGAAAAAAAUGGAAAUAGGAUCCAUGGAUGUUGCAGUUGGGGAAAAUAAUAAAAUAGCGGGUAUUCGGUGGAAAGAUAACAGUAUCGUUACAUUAUUAUCCAACGUACAUGGUUUGGAUCCUCUUUAA